AUGACAGAUGCGGAGGGGAAGAAAACACUGGCUAGGAAGGAGUUAGGGAUUAUGACUUAUGAGGAGGAGCUCGAUCCGGUGGAUCCGGCGGCUCCGGCAGAGGAGGGAGGUUCUGCAAUACUCCGGAUGUCAUCACCGGGAGGAAGGGGAAGGAGCAGAUUCGAUUUGCGAGACACACCGGAUCUGUAG